GCAGCGCUGCAUAGCGGACGAGGAUGCUCUGUUCUCCCCCGCAUACACUCUCCUGUCUCAUGCUUUCCACGAUCAACAUGGAAGGGCUUCAUUAAUGCCCCUGCCCCCAAGCUAAUGAAUUAUAACUCGCCGUUUGAGACUGGACUUGCGUUAAAGCACUGGACUUUCCCUACCGAGUGGAUAACGCUGAGGUAUCUGCCGAAUAAUAAGUCUUCAGAAAAGAGGCAAAUUAUGCCAGUAGCACCAGAGUCCCUCCCUCUGGUGACGUGCCAGCCCAUUGGUCAGACCGCCCUGUGCCCCUCAUUUAGCCCCGCCCUCUCUCCUGGCAGAUCCAUGCUGCUGGACACGCCCCACAGAGCCACGCCCACACCAUGAGUGCCAACGGGCCAGCCAACGCCCCUGCGGCCCCGGCUGCAACCCCGGUUGCCCCGCCGGUGCCCAGUCUGGUAGCCGCCCCUCCGGCUGCCCCGGUCCCGGUGCCGACUGUCCCGGUGGGCGCAUUGGCACAGAAGAAGCGGGCGCAGUACGCCAAAAGCAAGAAGCAGGGGAGCAACGCCAACACCAGGCCAGCCAGGGCCCUGUUCUGCCUCAAACUCAACAAUCCCAUACGAAGAGCCUGCAUCAGCCUGGUAGAGUGGAAGCCAUUUGAUAUCUUUAUAUUAAUAGCUAUUUUUGCCAACUGUAUGGCCUUAGCUGUGUACAUCCCCUUCCCUCAGGAUGACUCCAACUCCACCAACCAUGACCUGGAAACGGUAGAACAUGUCUUCCUCGUCAUUUUCACUAUCGAAACCUUUCUGAAGAUUAUCGCCUACGGUUUAGUGGCGCACCAGAACGCGUAUGUGAGAAACGGAUGGAACAUGCUGGAUUUUGUCAUCGUCGUUGUCGGGCUGUUCAGUGUUGUCCUGGAACUUUUGACCAAAGACUCUGUUGAGACGAAGGAGGAAGCGGAGGCGGGUGCGGCUGCGGCGGCGGCUGCGGCGGCAGCGCUCCACCCCUCCGCCCAAGGCCACGGGGGAAAGUCGGGCGGCUUCGACGUCAAAGCCCUCCGAGCCUUCCGUGUGCUGCGACCCCUACGCCUGGUCUCAGGAGUGCCCAGUUUACAGGUUGUGUUGAACUCCAUAAUUAAAGCCAUGGUUCCUCUCCUCCACAUCGCCCUGCUGGUCCUGUUUGUCAUCAUCAUCUACGCCAUCAUCGGCCUUGAGCUCUUCAUUGGUAAAAUGCACGCUACCUGCUUCUUCCCCAGCACAGGCAUGAUAGCGGAGGAUGAGCCGGCUCCAUGUGCGAUCUCAGGGCACGGGCGCCAGUGUCCCAUCAAUGGCACCGAGUGCAGGGAGGGCUGGCACGGCCCCAACGACGGCAUCACCAACUUUGACAACUUCCUGUUCGCCAUGCUGACCGUGUUCCAGUGUAUCACCAUGGAAGGCUGGACGGACGUGCUCUACUGGAUGAAUGACGCUAUGGGUCUAGAGCUUCCAUGGGUCUACUUUGUAUCUCUGGUCAUCUUCGGCUCCUUCUUUGUUCUGAACCUGGUUCUGGGAGUGUUGAGCGGAGAGUUCUCCAAGGAGAGAGAGAAGGCCAAGGCUCGUGGAGACUUUCAGAAACUGAGAGAGAAGCAACAGCUGGAUGAGGACCUCAAGGGCUACCUGGACUGGAUCACUCAGGCCGAGGACAUCGAUCCAGAGAACGAGGACGAGGAGGGCUACGAGGAGGGCAAACGCAACCGGGUGACUCUGGCUGACCUCACAGAGAAGAAGAAAGGAAGCAGGUUUGGGUGGUUCAGCCAGUCCUCCGACACUCAUGUGAGUAUACCAGCCAGUGAGACGGAGUCGGUGAACACAGAGAACGUGGCCGAGGAUGAGGUGAAGACACCGUGCUGCGGACCUUUUUGUCAAAAAAUUUCAAAGUCAAAGUUCAGUCGGCGCUGGCGUCGCUGGAACCGGUUCUGCCGCAGAAAGUGCCGGGUGGCGGUGAAAUCGGUGCCUUUCUAUUGGCUGGUGAUCAUCCUGGUGUUUCUCAACACGCUCACCAUCUCCUCCGAGCACUACAACCAGCCUGACUGGCUCACACAAGUACAGGACGUGGCAAACAAGGUUCUGCUGGGCAUGUUUACGUGUGAGAUGAUGACCAAGAUGUACAGUCUGGGCCUGCAGGCCUACUUUGUGUCCCUGUUCAACCGAUUUGACUGCUUCGUGGUGUGUGGAGGCAUCACCGAGACCAUCCUGGUGGAGCUGGCCAUCAUGUCUCCUCUGGGCAUCUCCGUGUUCCGCUGUGUCCGCUUGCUCAGGAUCUUCAAGGUCACACGUCACUGGCAGUCUCUCAGUAACUUGGUGGCGUCGCUGCUCAACUCCAUGAAGUCCAUCGCCUCCCUGCUGCUCCUGCUCUUCCUCUUCAUCAUCAUCUUCUCCCUGCUGGGCAUGCAGGUGUUCGGGGGCAAGUUCAACUUCGACGAGACGCAGACCAAGAGGAGCACCUUCGAUAACUUCCCCCAGGCACUGCUCACUGUGUUUCAGAUCCUGACGGGUGAAGACUGGAACGCUGUGAUGUAUGAUGGCAUCAUGGCGUACGGCGGCCCUUCUUCCUCGGGGAUGAUCGUUUCCUUCUACUUCAUUAUCCUCUUCAUCUGCGGAAACUACAUCCUGCUGAACGUCUUCUUGGCUAUCGCUGUGGACAACCUGGCAGACGCAGAGUCUCUCAAUGCUCCAGGAGACAAAAAGGAUGAUAAAAAGGAAGAGGCACCAGUGGAGGAGGAAGAGGAGAAUGCUGCAGCAGAGGAGGAGGAGGAGCCAGAGGUUCCAGCAGGGCCACGCCCAGCCAUCUCUGAGCUGGUCAAGAAGGAGAAGAUCACCCCCAUCCCUGACGGCAGCGCUUUCUUCAUCUUCAGCAAGACCAACCCGAUCCGGGUGGGAUGUCAUCGACUCAUCAACCACCACAUCUUCACCAAUCUCAUCCUGGUCUUCAUCAUGCUCAGCUCUGUCUCCCUCGCUGCAGAGGACCCCAUACGCAACUUCUCCGCACGCAACAUCGUCCUAGGCUAUGCAGAUUAUGUCUUCACUAGCAUGUUUACAUUUGAGAUCAUGUUGAAGAUGACCACAUACGGAGCGUUUCUCCAUAAAGGGGCGUUCUGUCGGAACACCUUCAACCUGCUGGAUCUGCUGGUGGUGGGGGUCUCCCUGGUCUCCUUCUGCAUCCAGUCCUCCGCCAUCUCUGUGGUGAAGAUUCUGAGAGUCCUGCGAGUGCUCAGGCCCCUGAGGGCCAUCAACCGAGCCAAGGGCCUCAAGCACGUGGUCCAGUGUGUGUUCGUGGCCAUCAGGACCAUCGGUAACAUCAUGAUCGUCACCACGCUGCUGCAGUUCAUGUUCGCCUGCAUAGGGGUGCAGCUCUUCAAGGGGAAGUUUUACCGCUGCACGGACGAAGCCAAGUCUGGCCCCGACGAUUGCAAGGGCACCUACAUCCUUUAUAAGGACGGGGACGUGAACCAGCCGUUCGUCCAUAAGAGAGUGUGGCACAACAGCGAGUUCAACUUUGACAACGUGCUCAUGGCCAUGAUGGCUCUGUUCACGGUGUCUACCUUCGAGGGCUGGCCUUCGUUGCUCUACAAGGCCAUAGACUCGAACAGGGAGAACCUGGGUCCCAUCUACAACUACCGCAUCGAGAUCUCCAUCUUCUUCAUCAUCUACAUCAUCAUCAUCGCCUUCUUCAUGAUGAACAUCUUUGUGGGUUUCGUCAUCGUUACAUUCCAGGAGCAGGGAGAGAAAGAGUACAAGAACUGUGAGCUGGAUAAGAACCAGCGUCAGUGUGUGGAGUAUGCCCUGAAGGCCCAUCCGUUGAGGAGGUACAUCCCUAAGAACCCCUACCAGUAUAAGUUCUGGUACGUGGUCAACUCCACCGGGUUUGAGUACAUCAUGUUCGUCCUCAUCAUGCUCAACACACUCUGCCUGGCUGUGCAGCACUAUGGCCAGUCUGCGACAUUUAACUAUGUGAUGGACAUCCUCAACAUGGUCUUCACUGCUGUUUUCACUGCGGAGAUGGUGCUCAAACUCAUCGCCUUCAAACCCAGGCACUAUUUCACUGAUGCGUGGAACACGUUUGAUGCCUUAAUUGUAGUUGGUAGCGUCGUUGAUAUUGCUAUCACUGAAGUGAACCCAACGGAGGCUCCUCAGGUGGAUGAGUCGGGGAACACGGAGGACAACGCUCGCAUCUCCAUCACCUUCUUCCGCCUCUUCCGAGUCAUGCGAUUGGUCAAACUGCUGAGCAGAGGGGAGGGGAUCCGCACCCUCCUGUGGACCUUCAUCAAGUCUUUCCAGGCUCUGCCAUAUGUUGCCCUUCUGAUCGCCAUGCUCUUCUUCAUCUAUGCUGUCAUUGGCAUGCAGGUGUUUGGGAAGAUAGCCAUGGUGGACGGCACCCACAUCAACCGGAACAACAACUUCCAGACCUUCCCUCAGGCCGUGUUGCUGCUCUUCAGGUGUGCCACGGGCGAGGCGUGGCAGGAGAUCAUGUUGGCGUGUAUUUCGGGAAAGCUGUGUGACCCAGAGUCGGACUACAACCCUGGGGAGGAGAUGACCUGUGGCGCCAGCUUCGCCUACAUCUACUUCAUCAGCUUCUACAUGCUCUGUGCCUUCCUGAUUAUCAAUUUGUUUGUGGCGGUCAUCAUGGACAACUUUGACUACCUUACUCGCGAUUGGUCCAUCCUGGGUCCUCACCACUUGGACGAGUUCAAGAGGAUCUGGUCUGAGUACGACCCAGAGGCCAAGGGCAGGAUUAAACAUCUGGACGUGGUCACUCUGCUCCGACGCAUCCAGCCUCCCCUAGGCUUCGGCAAACUCUGCCCUCAUAGAGUGGCCUGCAAGAGACUGGUGGCCAUGAACAUGCCUCUAAACAGCGACGGCACCGUCAUGUUCAAUGCGACGCUGUUUGCGUUAGUACGCACCGCCCUGAAGAUAAAAACAGACGGUAAUCUGGAGCAGGCCAACGAGGAGCUGAGAGCCGUCAUCAAGAAGAUCUGGAAGAGGACCAGCAUGAAACUGCUGGAUCAAGUGGUGCCCCCUGCUGGUGAUGAUGAGGUAACCGUGGGGAAGUUCUAUGCCACCUUCCUGAUACAGGACUACUUUAGGAAAUUCAAGAAACGUAAAGAGGAGGGCCUGGUGGGGGUGCACGCCUCCCAGAGCAACACAGCCAUCGCUCUACAGGCUGGCCUUCGCACGCUACAUGAUAUUGGGCCCGAAAUUCGACGAGCGAUAUCAUGUGACCUGCAAGAUGAGGAGCUAGUAGACUUUAUUCCAGAGGAGGACGAGGAGAUUUAUAGGCGCAAUGGUGGCCUGUUUGGUAACCACAUCAACCAUGUGAACGGGGACCACCACCGGCGCUCGUUAGGGCAACAGACCAACACCACCCAGAGGCCCCUGCAGGUGCAGCCACCUCCGCACUAUGCCCACAUGGAGCAGCCGGUGGGGCGUCUCUGCCGGGCCAACGUCAUGUCCCACCAGCACCCCAAUCAGCACCACCACCAUCACAACUCCUCAUACGGCAAGUCGCCCAAGUCCACCAACGUCAACCUGAACAACGCCAACGUGUCCAGUCUGCCCAACGGAGGAGGACACCACCACCGUUACUAUGAGUACACUCCGCCCCCCGCCAACGGUUACCCGGGACACCGCGGUGGCCUCUACUACACCGACUUCGACAAGCCGCCACCUAGCGGCACGCCGCAAGGACAAAGGCGCUACUAUGAGACCUAUGUUAGGUCCCACCGGGGAGACGCCUGCCUUCCCACCAUCCGGCGGGAGGAGUUUGAUGAUGACAGGUUCUCGGGAGAGUACUACAGCGGGGAGGAAUUCUACGAGGAUGACAGCAUGUUGUCAGGAGACAGGAGGUCCUAUAUGGAACACGUGGACAGGUACCAGAACAGUGACACGGAGUACGAGACGCCGAGAGGCUACCAUCACCCCAACAGUUACUACAACGACGAUGAGCAACCCCUCUACCAAGACGGAAGGAGGUCGCCUAAGAGACGGAUGCUACCUGCCACGCCACAAGGUCACAGGAGGCCCUCCUUCAACUUUGAGUGUCUGAGAAGGCAAGGCAGUCAGGACGAGCUGCCACACCAACGCACUGCUCUACCACUGCACCUAAUGCAGCACCAGGUGAUGGCUGUAGCAGGGCUGGACUCCAGCAGAGCCAACCAUCUCUCCCCCUCCCGCUCCACCCGCUCCUGGACUACUCCCCCCGCCACUCCAUCCAGUAAGGAGCAGUCGCCCUACUACACGCCCCUCAUCCGGGUGGAUCACCCCGGGCGCAGAGUGUCUGAAUCUCCUCUUCUCUUCGGGGAGAGUGCCGUCAGCAGCCAGGUGCCUCUGAGGAAGAGCUCUUGGUACACAGACGACCCAGAGUACUCCCAGGGGAUCUAUUCCCCCGUCCACCUCCAGGUGGCCCCGGAGUACCACCAGCAGCGCAAUCAGAGGAGCGCCACCAGCUUGGUGGAGGCGGUGUUGAUAUCAGAGGGUCUCGGGAGAUACGCCAUGGAUCCAAAGUUUGUGGCCGCCACCAAGCACGAGAUAGCGGACGCGUGCGAGAUGACCAUCGACGAGAUGGAGAGCGCGGCCAGCCACUUGCUGAGCGCUGGCGUGGCGCCGGCGGUUAACGGGGUCCACGUGUACCCCGUCAUGAGCGAGCGGGACUACGACCUCCAAGACGCCACAGCCAGUUAUAGUGAUGAGGAGCCGGAGGUGGAGCUUAGAGUGGUGUACGAGGAGGACCUGGCAGACGAGAUGAUCUGCAUCACCACUUUAUAGCAUCAGCUGGAGAAUAAACGACUAGAAGUGAACUGCUAGCUGUAUGUACUCUACUUAAUAUAGACUACAGCACCGACAGUGGAAAACCCAAUGAGAAAUGCAUCUAUUGGCUUACGACCAAAAGAAGUGCCUUUUACAUGGAAGAGAAAGGUACCUAUGAGGAGAGAGAGAGAGAGAGAGAGAGAGAGAGAGAGAGAGAGAGAGAGAGAGAGAGAGAGAGAGAGAGAGAGAGAGAGAGAGAGAGAGAGAGAGAGAGAGAGAGAGAGAGAGAGAGAGAGAGAGACAGAGAGAGAGAGAGAGAGAGAGAGAGAGAGAGAGAGAGAGAGAGAGAGAGAGAGACACACACACACUGGCUACGCCCACUUACCCUGUAACUCGACCUCUGCCAGCCAGGGCAUUCACGUCUGUCAAUCACAGGGCCAGGAACCAAUCCUGGUGCCAGGAAACUAUGCUAGUUCCGCCCUCCAAGACCGGCACUACUGGCACAUGGUGGACCAUGCCCGUAGAUCAUAGGUUACAGUCUGGAAGUGACACAGGCUCAUCAACGAGCCAGUCGCAGAUGAGAACAUGGAGUGUCAGCGGAGGAGGUGGACCUAUUGGCAGAGGGCGUGAGGUACCGGGACGGGUCAUUAAGGGUGUUGACAAUCAGAUGAAAGAUGUCAUUCCCUCUGUCACUUUAUUAAGGUUUUGGCAUAUCAUGCAAGUUUUCAAUGCAAGCAUAGAAUAUCUCCCCCACCUAACCACCCCUCCCCCUAACUGUUUUAGUGUAAGAUUAACCAGUUUAAGUAUGCAGGAGAUAUCAGUCACAUUUAUAGCAUCAUCAAAUCAGAAUUAUUCACUGAGUGGUUCAAACCCUGAAUGCUGAUUGGCUGACAGCAUUGGUAUAUCAGACCGUAUGACGAAACAUGUAUUUUUGCUGCUCUAAUUACGUUGGUAACCAGUUUAUAAUAGCAAUAAGGCACCUCGGGGUUUGUGGUAUAUUGGAAAUAUACCACACCCCCUCGUGCCUUAUUGCUUAAAUAUACACUUCUGAGGUGACUACUAGCAUUUGGGAUAAAUGCACUAGCAGGCAGGUUGUUUUUAGUCUUAGAAUAGCCUGAGAAUUAAUAUUUCAUAGUAGAUACACUGUAAAUUAAUUGUAUUAUAUUAACAAACAAAAAAACUUUGUAAAGAGAUGUUCUAUAUUUUGUAAUGAUGUACCAUUUCAAAAGGUCAGCAAUACACGCCGUAAUGAGUCCUAUUAUGCUACCAGGAAAGACGUUCGCUGGUGUUAUUAUUUUAUUAGGUACAAUAUUCUGAGAUUAAUUGGUCUUUUUCUUUGUUGUUGCUCAUAUGCAUCCUUGGCUUGUCUGUGAAAGCGUUUGGUUCUUGGUGUAACAACACAGCUGCACAAGAUAUGCAAAUGUUUUUUGUGUUUUUUUAACUUGUUUUAUGAGCGAGGGUAAGAACACUUUGUGCGCCCCUCCAACCACACCAGUACCACAACGUUAAGUCCCCCUUUUUACUAUAAGGGCAUCUUUGUUGGACUUGAAGUUAGCUAGGCUUCAAGGAGGCUACUCCACCUUAAUAAAGAUGUGAUGAUAAACAUUUGUGUUUGCAUAUGUUGUGCAGGGCAGGUGCACAGCACGGGAAGGUCAAAUGCUUUAGUGCAUUGACAACGCUGCUUCACCCAUUUUGAGAUUCAAUCUACAACUUCAUUCAUCUCAUCUAUAUCCCAAUUGAAAUGCCUUCUGCUGCUGAAAGAAAACGAUAUGAUCGAAGAAGUGAGAUGAACGGGAAUCUCUGUCGUUCUCAAUGCUUGUGUUGGGAUUAUUCCUCAAUAUAUGAUUCAUGUCAGUUAAUUCCACCGAACCCUUUCAAACGGAAUCAUCCUAAUCACUUGGCCUUCAUGUUGUUGUUGCUGUGUGAGGCUUGUGACAGACUGAGCCUGUGUGGGCCAGGAUAGACCGGAUUGGCAUGGUAGCUGACUGGUGAGGCAUGUAAUUCAUCAGGGGUGUUCACAGGACAGAUGAGACCUUAAUGAGGCAUCAUGGUCUAGGUGGGUCCACAGUCUCUGCCAUUGUUCUCUUUUUUUUCUGUUGUGUUGUCGUGUCUUUAUGGGUUUAAGCUGGAGAGAGGCUAAGCAAUACUAAACCCCACUCUUCUCGGCGUCUCUCUCUCCGGCUUCUCUCUGCAUACGCUAUACCACGUGGUGGUCCAGCAACGUCUGGGGAAAACAUAUCAGCCUCCCUCUCAACCAACCAGUCUCUUUCCCACAGCGAGCUUCUCCUUCCGAUGAGAAGGGAGCGUUUGUACUACCGCUCGUUUUUACCAGAAAACUCCACUCUUGUGGCUCUUGACGAAAGUUGAAAAUUGAUGGACCACAAAAUGACUUUACGCAAACAGACAAAAAUAUAGACGACAAAGGAUCAAGCUUUUUUCCCCAGGCGCUGCCCUGGAGAUUUUGAAUAAGCUCAGACGAUGGGUAGGUGAGGAGACGUGUGAUCUGUAGUUCAUGAGGGUUUGAUUUGUAGUUCACGAGUUCGCAAUGCGUUCUCAGUCAACCGAAUACUGUCGUGAAAAUGUAGGUUUUCCACUUUGCGUGCACAUUGAAAGGGCUCUUUGAAUCGUUUGUGAGUUUAAAAAAAAAUCUGUUCUGGUCUUUUUGUUGAUAACUAUCUUGUGAAAGGACCAAUGCGAAUUCCAGGCACAUUGUACUAUUCGUAGCAAUUACUGAACUGAAAAUAUGCAUUGUUUUUUAAACACUUGUGUUAAGCAAAAGAUAAAACCAAUUUACUUUUACCUCAUGUCAGGGAUUCCUGAAAAAAAGAAAAGAGAAAAUGAGUUGGUUUUAUACCAAUGGUAUUUAAAUAUUAGCACAUAGCUGUUUGUCUUUGCACAAGUAACUGUAUAGUACCAAUGUUUCUCAUUUUUCUAUACAAAUGUUUGUGUAUUAAGGUGAGACAAUUUUGUACUUUUUUGUGACUGUGUGUAUGGUUUAGUGAAAUCUAUAUUUGUCAUUUACACCUCACCUGACAUUGCUGGGACAGAAAUAUGAUAGAACCAAUGAAAUAAAACAUUUUCAAGGUGCACUGUUCCUCUGUUUGCGGGUUAAAAAUGGUCAUAUACCUGUGGUAAUAUACCAGUUUACAGAGAAAGACUUGUUGCACAUCGUUUUCAUUCUAUCAUUAUAAUUAUUAUGAUUACUAUUACUACUAUUACUGUUAUUAAAUAUGUAAUAAAACAAAUGUAUGGAAAGACCCGUGGCAAUGUUCUCUACUUGAAAGUCCCCAAACAUUUGCUCUGUGAUGUUUUUAUUCAGCAAACAUGAUUUCUCUUAGUAGCAAAUGCGUUAUUGUGACAUUCUAGGUUUUGUAUUAACACAUUUUUUUUUUGUAUUUUCCCAUUUUAUUUUGGCCUUGAAUUCAUUUGAAUCGAUAAUAUUUUAUUUUCUAAUGAUUGUUACUGAAUAAACUUACACUGAAAUUCUG